GACACACACAGAGACACAGAGAGCGAAAGAGGGCAAGAGACUUGACUUUAAGAGACUCCUGCACUGACAACUCCAUGCAGUUCGGAACAAGAACGGCAGCGACCGACUCUGGUUUCAUGGGGACAUGGCAGAACACUGACACUAACCUCUUAUUCAGAAUGUCCCAACAGGUACCACUAGAUUGCCUUCAUCAUAUUUUAAAGGCUAGGUUUUGUCCAAAUUUUGAAAAAGUUGACCACAGAAUAGAAUACAGGGCCAUCCGCUGUACACUGGUAAAUUGCACAUGUGAAUGUUUUCAGCCAGGGAAGAUUAACCUGAGAACCUGCGAUCAGUGUAAACAUGGCUGGGUGGCACAUGCCUUGGACAAACUUAGUACUCAGCACCUCUACCACCCAACCCAAGUGGAGAUUGUGCAGUCCAAUGUUGUGUUUGACAUCAGCAGCCUGAUGCUUUACGGUACUCAGGCUGUGCCUGUGAGACUGAAGAUACUGCUUGACCGACUCUUCAGUGUACUGAAGCAAGAGGAGGUGUUGCAUAUUCUACAUGGCUUAGGCUGGACACUGCGAGACUACGUUCGAGGCUACAUUCUUCAGGAUGCUGCAGGCAAGGUGCUGGACCGCUGGGCCAUCAUGUCCAGGGAAGAAGAGAUCAUUACCCUUCAGCAGUUCCUGAGAUUUGGAGAAACUAAAUCUAUCGUGGAGCUGAUGGCAAUUCAAGAAAAAGAAGGGCAGGCUGUGGCUGUGCCAUCUUCAAAGACAGAUUCAGAUAUAAGGACUUUUAUUGAAAGCAAUAAUCGCACCAGGAGCCCAAGUCUCCUUGCUCACCUGGAGAAUAGCAACCCUUCCAGCAUUCAUCAUUUUGAAAACAUCCCAAAUAGCCUUGCAUUCCUGCUUCCAUUCCAGUACAUAAAUCCAGUCUCUGCUCCACUGCUGGGGCUGCCUCCAAAUGGCCUCCUGCUGGAACAGCCAGCAAUGAGACUCCGUGAACCAAGCCUUACGACCCAAAAUGAAUAUAAUGAGAGCAGUGAAUCUGAAGUUUCCCCUACACCUUUCAAGAAUGAGCAAGCAUCCAGCAGGAAUGCUUUGACUAGCAUCACAAAUGUGGAGCCCAAAACUGAGCCAGCCUGUGUCUCUCCUGUUCAAACACCUACGCCAGUCAAUGAUUUAUCGAAAACAGAACACACAAAAAGCUCAUUCCGAAUUCACAGAAUGAGGAGAAUGGGGUCAGCCUCCAGGAAAGGAAGAGUGUUUUGCAAUGCAUGUGGCAAAACUUUCUACGAUAAAGGUACUCUUAAAAUCCACUACAAUGCUGUGCACCUGAAAAUCAAGCAUCGAUGCACUAUUGAAGGCUGCAAUAUGGUCUUCAGCUCUCUCAGAAGCCGCAAUCGCCACAGUGCUAACCCAAAUCCCCGCCUCCACAUGCCUAUGCUAAGGAACAACCGUGACAAAGAUCUAAUUCGUGCUACAUCAGGUGCCGCCACUCCUGUCAUAGCAAGUACAAAAUCCAACCUAACUUUAACAAGCCCUGGGCGUCCACCAAUGGGGUUUACCACUCCCCCUCUAGACCCAGUACUACAGAACCCUCUUCCCAGUCAGCUGGUCUUCCCGGCUUUAAAGACUGUCCAACCUGUUCCUCCUUUUUACAGAAAUUUACUUACUCCUGGAGAGAUGGUGAGUCCUCCAACUUCACUCCCGACCAGUCCCAUAAUACCAGCUGUGAGUGGCAUGGAGCAGCAUCCCCCUCCUCCUUCAGAGUCAUCGGUACCUUCAGUGUUGAUGCCCACCCCAGAGCCCAAUGCGGACCUUGCCCCCAAAAAGAAGCCAAGAAAGUCAAGCAUGCCAGUUAAAAUUGAAAAGGAAGUUAUUGACACUGCUGAUGAGUUUGAUGAUGAAGAUGAAGAGGUGAAUGACAGGAGCACAAUGGUGAAUGACAUUGGUCAUGACAAUCACUGCCAUUCUCAGGAGGAAAUGAGCCCAGGUCUGUCUGUUAAAGACUUUUCCAAAAAUGACAGAAGCAGAUGUAUGUCCAGACCAGACAUAAGAAGGGCAGACAGCAUGACAUCAGAAGACCAGGAGCAUGAGAGAGACUACGAAAAUGAGUCAGAGUCAUCAGAGCCCAAAUUGUGUGAAGAAUCCCUGGAAGGCGAUGAUCGCCUCCAUGAACCUGGUGAAAAAUCUAUGAUGCACAGUGACCAACCAGAUGAAAACCACAAUGACUCUUCCAACCAGGAUGUCAUUAAGGUGAAGGAAGAGUAUACAGACCCUACAUAUGAUAUGUUCUAUAUGAGCCAAUAUGGACUGUACAAUGGAGGCAGUGCCAGUAUGGCUGCUCUUCAUGAAAGUUUUGCCUCUACAUUCAACUACAGCAGCCCUCAGAAGUUCUCCCCAGAAGGUGAAAUGUGCUCCAGUCCAGACCCCAAGAUCUGCUAUGUUUGCAAGAAAAGUUUCAAGAGUUCCUACAGUGUGAAACUUCACUACCGAAAUGUUCAUUUAAAAGAGAUGCAUGUCUGCACAGUGGCUGGCUGUAAUGCUGCGUUCCCGUCACGGAGAAGCAGAGACAGACACAGUGCUAACAUAAACCUGCACCGUAAACUGUUGACCAAAGAACUGGAUGACAUGGGCUUGGACACUUCACAGCCUUCUCUUAGUAAGGACCUCCGCGAUGAAUUUUUGGUGAAGAUAUAUGGCGCUCAGCAUCAGAUGGGGCUUGACAUAAGGGAAGACACCUCCUCGCCUGCUGGCACUGAGGAUUCCCAUAUGAAUGGGUACGGCAGGGGCAUGGCAGAAGACUAUAUGGUACUAGACCUGAGCACCACCUCCAGUAUCCAGUCCAGCAGCAGUAUCCAUUCCUCAAGAGAAUCUGAUGCAGGAAGCGAUGAGGGUAUUCUCCUGGAUGACGUCGAUGGGGCAAGUGACAGCGGGGAAUCUGCCCACAAAGCAGAUGCCCCUGCCUUAGCUGUAGGUAUGGGCACCGAUGUCCCAGGAUCCCUCAUGUUCAACAGUGUUUCGGUGAGCAACGGUGGGAUAAUGUGUAACAUUUGCCACAAAAUGUACAGCAACAAGGGAACCCUCAGAGUGCACUACAAAACAGUGCACUUGCGAGAAAUGCACAAGUGCAAAGUCCCUGGGUGCAACAUGAUGUUCUCCUCUGUCCGUAGCCGAAACCGGCACAGCCAGAACCCCAAUCUGCAUAAAAACAUUCCUUUCACUUCAGUAGAUUAGGUCAAGGAUGGACACAGCAUAAUGCCAGCUCUCAGAGAGGGCCCACUACAUCUGAACUGCCGUAUACAGUCUCCCUUUAUAUAUAUAUAUAUAUAUAUGUAUAUAUAUACACACACAAAUAUACAUAUAUAUAUAUAAUUUUUUCUUUUCUUUUUUAACAAAAGAAAAAAACACCAGGUGCUUUUCCCCUUUCUUGGUUGUUGGGGUUUUUUUUCUUUUUUAUUAUUUUUUUUAAUAGAAACAAAAAUGUAGGACCUUUAAUUUGGGGGAAGAGACCCUUCAUUAAAAAAAAAAAAAAAAACCAAACAAAAAACACAAACAAGCAUAAAACAAAUAGAAAAACUGCAGUUGUCCCUAGUUCUGUUAGAAUGUUCUUGGUCAUCUCCAAAGAGCCAGUUUGUUCUUCCCAUAACUUUUGCCUGAAAAAAAAAUAACAAAAAAGAACAAGAAAAGAAAAAAACAAAAACAAACAAACAAAAGAAAAAAAAAAAAAAAAAAAAAAAAAAAAACCCAACCA